UUAAAAUCUUGAUGCUGUACAAUGACCUGGUGCCAUUUACGGAUCCACUCUGUGAGUCAUUACAUCCACCGGGUGAACACAAACGUGACGAUCCACGUCAGGAUGGUCACUGUCAUUAUGAUGUUGAGUAUGCAGAUGGCGGUUCAUCUCUUGGAUUCCUUGUCAGGGAUGUGUUUGCUUUAAACUACAAAAAUGGAGCUCCACUUAACCCUCGUCUAGCUCUUGGAUGCGGGUAUUAUCAACCUUCUGGCACAUCUCAUCAUCCUUUGGAUGGAGUCCUUGGCCUUGGCAGGGGGAAAACCAGCAUCGUGUCUCAGCUUUACAGCCAAAGUCUGGUGAGGAAUGUUGUUGGGCACUGCUUGAGUGGAAGAGGAGGAGGUUUUCUCUUCUUUGGGGAUGGCCUCUAUGAUUCUUCACCCAUUGUUUGGACAUCAAUGUCUUCAGAACAUCCGAAAUCAUACUCGCCUGGGUCUGCAGAGCUGGUUUUUAGUGGGAAAACAACUGGAUUAAAAGAUCUCAUUGUAGUUUUUGACAGUGGGAGUUCUUACACCUACUUCAAUUCUCAGGCAUAUCAAAAGUUACUGGAUUUGAUGAACAAGAAACUAGCUGGAAAGCGCUUGAAGAAAGCAACAGAUGACCAGACACUCCCUCUCUGUUGGAAACGCGUGGGCGGGAGGCCUUUCACAAGCGCGCAUGAUGUCAGGGAAUUCUUCGAGCCCAUUUCCCUUGUCUUCACAAGUAAUGGAGCCAAGACUCAGUUUAAAUUACCUCCUGAAUCUUAUCUAAUAAUAUCAAACAAGGGAAAUGUUUGCUUGGGAAUCCUUAAUGGUACCGAAGCAGGUCUGAAAAACUUAAAUGUCAUUGGAGACAUAUCUAUGCAAGACAGAAUGGUGAUAUAUGACAAUGAGAAGCAGUUGAUUGGAUGGGCUCCUGCUAAUUGUGACCAGCUUCCCAAGCCUAAAUAUGCUUAUACAAAAUGAAGACACAAGUCUUCCCCAUUAAUUGUCCACCUGUAACUGUAUUAGGAUACAAUUAUUUCCAAAACGGAAUGAGUCCCACUUUCAUUAGACUGAAUACUUGUAAGUCAUAGCCAGAGCAGAAGCUGUGUUACCCAUUGUAAAUAUGUGUAUGCGUAUUGUUGUUGUUUUAAGAAAAAAGUAUCAAUAGAUAUCUAUAAGAAAAAGAAAUGUUUAGA